GCGGAAGUGCGGGAGGCGGCAGGUUCACGCGGGGCGGGCCCGAGUGAGGGGGACGGCCGUGGGGACCACUACUCGGUGCUCGGAACGCCUGAACCGCCCGUAACCUUAACUCCGUGGAUUCAGCUCCAGUUCUCCUUUGUCUGGCAAUUAAAAUAAGUGUGUGUUUGUGGGACGUGGGAUUCUGUCACCACUGGCGUUGAUUUUUAGCAAACGGCUGCCAUGUGUGGGUCCUUUGCUGCGGCCGGGCCUGCCGAGCGUUUGCAGCGUUUCUCAUCACGGCGGUCCAGUCAGGUGGACAGGGAGGUGACCGAGGCUCACGGAGGGUGACAGAAACCCCGUGCUUCGUGAGUCUGAUUCCUGCCCAUCGACCGGCCACUCUCCUCUCGUCCUGGAUGAUGUCAGAACAGGACCUGGCGGAUGUGGUGCAGAUCGCCGUGGAGGAGCUGAGUCCCGACCAGCCAGUUGUACUGGAGAAUCACGUAGUGACAGACGAAGAUGAACCAGCUUUGAAACGCCAGCGACUAGAGAUCAAUUGCCAGGACCCUUCUAUAAAGUCAUUCCUGUAUUCCAUUAACCAGACAAUCUGCUUGCGAUUGGAUAGCAUUGAAGCGAAGCUGCAGGCUCUGGAGGCCACAUGUAAAUCACUGGAAGAGAAACUGGAUCUGGUCACCAACAAGCAGCACAGCCCCAUCCAGGUGCCCAUGGUGGCGGGCUCUCCUCUCGGCGCCACCCAGACCUGCAACAAAGUGCGAUGCGUCGUCCCCCAGACUACAGUAAUUCUCAACAGUGAUCGGCAGAACGCCGUUGUAGCCAAGAUGGAAGACCCCCUGAGCGGCAGGGCGCCGGAUCCCCUGGAAAAUAUCAUUAGCAACGCGGUGCCCGGGCGUCGACAGAACACCAUCGUGGUGAAGGUGCCCGGUCAGGAGGACAGCCACAAUGAGGACGGGGAGAGCGGGUCCGAGGCCAGCGACUCCGUCUCCAACUGUGGACAGUCAGGAAGUCAGAGCAUCGGCAGCAACGUCACCCUCAUCACCCUGAACUCGGAAGAGGACUACCCGAACGGGACGUGGCUGGGGGACGAGAACAACCCCGAGAUGCGGGUGCGCUGUGCCAUCAUCCCCUCCGACAUGCUGCACAUCAGCACCAACUGCCGCACCGCCGAGAAGAUGGCGCUCACGCUGCUGGACUACCUCUUCCACCGCGAGGUGCAGGCCGUCUCCAACCUCUCGGGCCAGGGCAAGCACGGCAAGAAGCAGCUCGACCCCCUGACCAUCUACGGCAUCCGCUGUCACCUCUUCUAUAAAUUUGGAAUCACGGAAUCCGACUGGUAUCGAAUCAAACAGAGCAUCGACUCCAAGUGUCGGACGGCCUGGCGGCGAAAACAGCGAGGCCAGAGCCUGGCCGUCAAGAGCUUCUCCAGGAGAACCCCGUCCUCGUCCUCGUACGGCGCCUCAGAGACCAUGAUGAGCACGCCGCCGCCCGCCAGUGAGCUGCAGCAGCCCCCGCCUCAGGCCCUGCACUACGCCCUGGCCAACGCCCAGCAGGUCCAGAUCCACCAGAUCGGGGAGGACGGACAGGUCCAAGUAAUCCCACAGGGCCACCUCCACAUCGCCCAGGUGCCUCAAGGGGAGCAGGUGCAGAUCACGCAGGACAGCGAGGGCAAUCUGCAGAUACACCACGUGGGACAAGAUGGGCAGGUGCUGCAGGGGGCCCAGCUGAUAGCCGUGGCUUCUUCGGACCCUGCUGCCACGGGGGUGGACGGCUCGCCGCUCCAGGGCAGCGACAUCCAGGUCCAGUACGUGCAGCUGGCACCGGUGACCGACCACACCGCUGCAGCCCAGGCGGCCGACGCCCUGCAGCCCACCCUGCAGUCCGAGAUGCAGCUGGAGCAUGGGGCCAUCCAGAUCCAGUGAGGGGACGGCCACCGACCAGACAGGGCCCGAGCCAGAGCCACCGCUCAGCGCUGGUUGCCGUCACCCGCACCGUUCACACGCACCCGUCCCUCGGCUUCGCACGGGAGGGGGCCCGCACACGUUCUGCUCGAGUGCAUCCGAGUGCCUCAUCCUCGGGAAGAGCGCGCCGGUAAAUAAAGACGACGGUAGCCCCUGCCGCCCCCGCCCGAAGACCCUGUUUCUUUUGAUCACCCCGCCGUGUCCGGGGAAGGAGCAGGAAGCACAGCGCGGUUGCGUUAAGUACACACGGGAAAUCAAGAACUACGAUAUUUUUCUCUGUUCAAACAGCUUUUUUAAUUUGCUAUGGUGUUUAUAACAAAAAACAAAAUUGAAAAAAAAGUGGAGUAGCAGAAGCCUUUUGCUGUGUGCUCUGUUCAGCGUAAUGAGAAUAGGUAUUUGCAAAAGAAGACUAACAAUUUUGAUGGAAACGUUGCUUACCUACUUUUCUAGGGGGAUGUUGUCAGCACUGUGAUUGUGCAUUUCUAAUGGAAUAAAAUGUA